GGUGACGAGGACUACGAGGGAUUACGAGGAGAGCGACUGAGCGAGAGAGAGAGAGUCGGUAACGGCGGCGCGUCCCAGCCGUCGGAGACGCGAGCGGGUGCGAGGUGCGAGUCGCUACGAUGAAUCGGUGCGAGCGUGGACGCUUCGUCGCGAUGGAGGCCGUCGCCUCCUCGUCGGUCCUGGUGUACCUUGUACGCGUACUCGCGGUGUCUCUCGUGCUGCUGUGGCCGGUGUUGAGCGAGGAGACCAGCCUGACAGAUCGCAUGCGGGCGAUCAGCGAGGACCUGGACCGGCAGCUCAACGAGAUAAUGGCCUCGCAGGCGCUCACCUACUCGGCGGUCAACACCGUCGGGCUGCCCUACAACGCCACCACCAAGUUCAAUCCGAAGGGCAUGGGCCAGCUGUACAACGUGACAAAUAUGUUCAUCGACCUGGUGCAGAGCAAGCAGGCGUACCCGGAGGGUAUGAUUACUCUGGUUGAUGGUGCGCCGAUUUUCGCGGACCCACUGAAAGAAUGGAAGAUAUUAGUGACGCAUUACGGAGGACUGGCCGGUCUCGCUCUAAUCGGGCUCAUCUUGGCAGCUAUUCUUCCUUGCGCGGGUCUCUUUUUCUGUUGUUGUAGAUGCGCGGGGCAUUGCGGUGCCAGAAGCCAACCCUUCGACAAAAAGCACGAUCACUGCAGGAAGAUUAUGCUUAGCAUGUUGUUGAUUGGGGUCGCCACUAUUAUUUUAUUUGGUGUGGUGUGCGCCUUCGUGACGAACGAAUACAUGCAGGAGGGAACCAAAGAGCUUCCGUGUAAAGCCAAGACUAGUUUGAAAGAUGUCAAGCUCUACUUGACUACCACGAAACAAGAAAUCGACAAUUUGCUCAAGACCAAUCCCGAGGAGCUGGAAGUUACGCUCAACAAUAUCCUGCAGGCCAGCGGCAAAAUCGUCACCGAACAACUGGCGGAAUAUUCGCACGCCGUCUCCCUGACCAAUCUGAACGACAUCGUUGCCGGGUUGGAGUCGAUCAGAGAAGAUCUAAGAUUGAUGAAUAAGAUAACGCAGGAAUUGCGGAUAAACGCCAGUCAAUUAGAUAUUGUUGUUCGUGGCGUCAAAAAAAAUCUUCUUCACACGCUAGCUGCGUGUACGACUGACAAGUGCCAACGAGUUCUGCACGACUACAAAGUGAAUCAGAUGUCGGUACAGGUGGACUUCGAUAAGUACAUGGACCGUUACUUCCCAAAGCUUCUAGCAUCUCUGCCGGAUGUUACAUUCGCGUUACAUAAUAUUACUGUGCUCAUGGAGAGUAAUAUAGUGUCGGAAGUGAGCCAAGGCAGGGAUUCAUUUCUGAAGAUUCAGAAGGAUAUACAGCAUGCUGUUAAUCAGACGAUCCCCGUGGUCAGCGCGAGUAUUCGAAGAGCUUGUAACUACCUGGCGAGCAUCGCCAAUAAUAUGACUGCCCUCAUCGACAGGAUAAAUGUCGACAUAGAUAAAGUUUAUAUGCGACACUUAGAAGUUGCUCGGAGCAAUAUAAAUCAGUAUUCACCUUAUAGAUAUUAUCUUGGUCUUAGUAUAUCCGGUAUUCUUUUAACUGUCUUGAUGUGUUUAACGUGCGGCCUUCUUUGCGGUAUUUGUGGAAAGCGUCCGGACGGAUACGGAGACGAUUGCUGUAAUAAGGGAUCAGGUGCACGAUUUCUUAUGAUGGCUGUGUGGAUCAUCUUUCUAUUAACGAGCGUUUUGAUGGUUGUGACCGUUGUUCACAUGAUAACCGGUGUUAUGGCCCAACGUGGUAUCUGCGAACCUUUAAAGAAUCCGAAAGACAACAGGAUGUUCGAGCUGGUCGACGAGCUUGUGCAGAUCAAGAGAAUACUUUAUCCGAAAAAUCCUAAUGCGAAUAUUAACAUGAGUUACAUUGUAACAAAAUGCCAUGAGAACGAGACACUUUACAAUGUGUUGAAUCUAAAAAAUGUGUUUCAUGUUGAAAGCCUGCGCGAUUAUAGCGGACGUUACGACAUCAAUGAUACCAUCCAACAACUGCGCCGCAAGAUCAGCCUUUCGCCCGGUGUAGUGAUCCUGAAGGAUAGCGCGAGAUCCAAACUGAACGAUUUAGCGCAGAGCGGCCUCAGUGACAUCAAGUUCUAUCAGUACGCCGAACUGCUCGCCGAGAACAUUACGAAUAUUAACUUGGAACAUCUUGCCAAACAGUUACGAGAGGUUUCCGCUAAAUUGCCGGAGGGACAAGACGAGAUUAGGCUUAGUCUCGAGAAGAAUGCGCAUGAUUUGGAACAUUAUCACAGAGAUUUGGUUAUGCCCAUGGCCACGCUUAGUGAGCAAUUGAGCGCAAAUGCGCUGGCGCUUCAGGAGAACAUUAAGUUCAAUCAUAGCUCGAUGGCGGACGCUAUUCACGAUUUAGUGGAUGAAGUUACCAAAGCGCAGCAGUUUCUAAAUAAGGACGGACCGGAAUAUGUUCAAUACCUCGCCACUAAAUUUGGCAACGCUUUCUUGCAUCAAGUGGACAAUUUCCUCGAGCACGUCAUUGAAUCUGCAAUGUUCAAAAUUGGAAGGUGUGCUCCUGUAUCGAAUGCUUACAAUGCAACGCUGGUGGCGGGAUGCAACAGAAUCUUAGAUCCAUUUAACGGCUUCUGGGUGAGCGUCGGUUGGUGCUUGAUUUUAUUCAUACCGACGAUAGUGCUCUGUGUGAAAUUAAGCGCUCUAUACCAAAAGUCAGAUCCAUACCCGGGGCCUCUUGUCGAAGCUGAAUAUUUGUAUGACGCGUACGCAGACAGGGAUAACAUACCCCUCGCCCACGUCCACGAUAAGAAGCACGUCUCUCACGGUAGGCAUCAUCCCGCGGCAUACGUUGAAAGCUACGACGGACCGGUGCUAGGAUACGGCGAGCGCGAGAGGAUUCCCGACGCCCACCAAAGUACGUCGCACCACGACUCGAGAUACUCCGAUUUGGCACCCAAUUUCACCCUAUCGUGGCGAAACCACGAACAUACCGCUCCUUCAAAAACAGAACCUCACAGUAAAGUCUUUAGUGUAUCACUAGAGUCGCAAAAUUGGGACUUCCCCAACGGUGGUCCGCCAAGGUAUCAACCAGCUGCCGGGGCUCCGCCUCCUUUAAGCACUGAAUACGAACGACCGCCGCCUUAUUACUAUCCUGGGCCAGGGGAUAGAAAUUAGGAAACAAGUGCCGUGGCAUGCACAAAAGCAGCGCUGAACAGUGUGGCGACGCACAGCCUCACGCGCAGCUACAAGCGAAAGAAGAGAGAGAAAUCCGGAUGUAAAAGGGACUACGUAUAAUACUUGGCGUUUGUUCCUGAGCAUGCCACGGAUUGUGCGAACAUCAAGACCAAGUUUAAUACAGACUGAGAUAGGCCAAUCCUUUCAACGUGAAGUUUCCUCCUUCCGUGGGGGCGCAAGUAACGUAUAGUCGAUAUAAUUGCGACGCAAAUUCCUCUUUUCAUUGAAGCAUCGCUUAAUUAAUACUCGUGCGUUUUUGUACCGCGGAAGGAACACCGUUUUCGAUUAAAUACAAACUUUAGGAAAUGCGAAAUCUCGCCGUUUCUCCCUUUUAAUGUAAGAACAAACAAUACAUGGAUGUAAAUAUAGUGUGGCUCACUCAACAUCCGUUUUUGUCUACUGAGUAUUGAGAUACUCGCAUGUCUUACGUCAGUUAAAGUAAUUUAUACAUAUAUAGAACAAAAGAUUGAUCGAGCACAAAAUGGAGUAAAAAAAGAACAGAAUCAGAAGAUGAAGACUUUUUUUUUACCAAUAGAAAGUAUUCAAUCUUCGCCAGUAAUAAUAAACAGUAAAAAAAUUCAAACUUUUUUGAUGGUUGAUCAAACUGGCAUAGAUUAAUUACGACGUUUUGGCCUGAAUUUUAGGCUUUUUUCAAGUAUCGAUAGUGAAAUUCUUAGUGAAGUUUCUUUUGUUUAACGAUACGUAAAGACUGUGCGUCUACAUAUAUCUACCGAUCGAAUUAUCCAGCACAAAUUAUUAAUGCUGCCAAUCCAGCGCGUCGUUUUCCAUGUGAGGGGUUCCUCCUCAAUUUUGACACCAGAUUGCCGAUUUACCACUUUGAGCUACCAAUCAACGCCAUAUAAAAAUGCCAAACGACACACGUGGAUUUACAUGUAUUGUUGUGCUACGAGUAUCGUGUGGUUCGUUACGGAUCUCGCUCUAUAAUUGAGGAGGGAAGAAUACUGAUUUAAAGUCUUGUGUUCCGCCAGGUGCCGAUUUCUAUCUUAUGGCGGAAGGAGAGAGAAGGAGAUUUUCCGAGCGACGCGACCGCUCUAUUAUAAAUACUCUGUGUAUAUGGAUUUUAAAGUAGCCGUUUUCUUAUUACUCUAUCUUACUAUAUAACUUUUUAUCGAUAAACCGAAGCGAUUACUUACGCCGCAUAGAUCGCACUUGUACGUUCGCUUAAUCGGAUCUGCGCGCUGUAUGAAUUCUUUAAUGCAUGUAUUAUUGCAUCCGUCGUUCCUCCUACAUUCGAUUACAGUAAUUCGUCGGGCAAAUGCAAAUGUUUCUCGUUCGUGCAUGUUAAUUGAAUUCAUGUAUAAUGAAAUCUAAGGAUCUACGUGAUGCAUUACCAUUAUGAGUAUCGUGAACCAGUCAAGAAUUAGCGGAAUUGUAGAAUUCUUGUUUUUAUAUAAUUGAUAAUAUAUCUCUUACAUCACUAAUUAGUAAUUCUUAAUGGUAUUGUACUACGUAGAUCCAUCAUGUCUAUUAAGUUUAAAAACUUUUAGGGUUAAAAAAUUACAGAAAGAAAUACGACACAUAAAUCACUUGCUUCCUGUAAUAUAUGUGUAUCAUUUCUUAGAAAGAUAUCAAUUUAUUUAGAUUUAUUUAAUAUAAAUUUGCAUUCGACAUUACUGCCAAACAAAGAAUUAAUAAACGUUGCACAAAAUUAUUGCUCUAAUUACAAGAAAAAGGGAUAUUGGGAUGUUGCGGAAUAAUAUGUAGGAAUGGACCGACAUCGACCCUCUGGAAAUUGCUCUCGCACGUGUACAGAGCAAAAAGUGAUAUUGAUAUUCAACUUCAUUGAAUUCAUGUUUGGAUACUGAUUCUUAUAUUUAUUCGUGAAUGAAUGAAUUGCGAUAUUUGUGUGAUAUAAAGUCCUUUCUUGAAUGCAUGUAGCGUUGGAAAUUAAGUUCGCCGAUAUCAAUUUUAACUCUUAGUUCUCAGAGCAGAAAUUUGGGGUAUAAGAGAGAGAGGUAUAAAAGCAAGGCUCAUAUUCUAUAAUCUCUCUAAUAGAGAAUACGUUUAUAUGAUACAAAAUCUUUCGAAUUUUGUUAAAAUUUUACAGUGAGUUUUCUUUCAAUGCCUCUUGUUACACAAUAAGAUAUAAUCGUAUACUAGGACUUGAUCGAGUAUUGGCAAUUCGGAAUUGCCAAAGUAUCAGUCACUCUUUUCCUUCGUGUAUCGUGUUAAAAUGGUGUGAAUGAGAGCACGAAAUCUCUCAGAUAUUAAUGAGAACGUGCAUGCGAAAAAUGCGAAAGACGAUGUAUUAUGACGACGAUAUGUGCGCGAGUACAUGUGAUGAAUGAGAGAAUUGUCGCAAUAGAAUUUGCAAAAUAAAAUUUUGCAAAAAUUCCCGCUGUAUCAUUACCGUAUGUAUCUAGUAGCGUAAUCUUAUUGAAUCUACGUCUUAGUCUAUCGACACGAUGUACGUAUGCGUCACGCGAUUCGGAAAAACAAUAAUGUUUAAAUUAAUGAAAUGUAAUAAUCGAAUAUAAUGCA